CGAAGCGACACAGCUUACUGCAAAUUUUCCUUCACAAUUGGCAGUCCAACCUAGCCGCAAUGAAGAAGAAGCAAAAAUCCGCCACCACCUCCGCCGCAGAUACCACCACCACCGUAGUAGAUUUGAAAUCCCUAAUCCACGACCACAGACUCUUCUUCGACAAGCUAAUCGACCUAAUUCCACCUAGAUUCUACCUCCCUAAAGAAGACGCUCCCUGGUACGGAGGCCUCUCCAAAGCCGCCAAAGCCUCCGCCAAGCGAAAAUCCAAAGAGAACCUCAAACUCGCUCGUCGCAACCGCCUUGAUCCUGGCAAAAAGGAUCAAACCUCCACCCUCGGCCUCCUCGAACAAUCCCUUCAGAAACAGCAACAAACUGACGCCAAAGCAAAUCCCGACGAAGAUCAUGCUAAACCUACGCCCAUUAAUUUGGAGGAGAACGAUAAUAACCCUAAUAACGAUAACUCCUCCGUUACUUUCGAAGGGCUGAGACAAAAGCUACGCAGAAAGAUCGAAAUGCUCCGUGGUAACCGCGGUGAUGGCGAGAGUUCGCACAAUAACAGAGCAAAUGAUCGUAGGAGGAGUGAAAAAGAAGCAUCUUUAGUGAAAUCCGAGGGGAAGAAGAGAAAGAGAGGUGAAGGAGAAGGAGAAGACGGUAAAGGAGAAGAUAACAGUGUGAGUGAAGUGGAAAAGGGAAUAGAGUUUGGGAAAGUCAAACUCGGAGACGACGAUGACAUGAAAAAGAAGAAGAAGAAAAAAGGAUCCAAAGCUAAAGAAUUGGAAAGGCUGAAGAGGCUGGAAGAGGUGAAGAGGGAGAAUAGGACGGUGGCGGAUAGGGAAGCAUGGAAGGCAGCAGCAAACAGGGCAAUGGGAGUGAAGGUGCACGAUGACCCUUCAAAGUUGAAGGAGAGUAUGAAGAGGGAGAAGAGGAGGAAAGAGAAGAGUUCGGAGAAGUGGAAGGAAAGAGUGCAGAGUCAGGAGAAGUUAAAAAACGAGCGACAGCAGAAGAGAAGGGAUAACAUUGCUGGCAAAGUUAAGGAGAAGAAGAUGAGGAAGAUUGCUAAAAGGGAGAAGAAACUCAUGAGGCCUGGCUUUGAGGGCCGAAAGGAAGGCUACAUUACUCAGGAUAAGAGCUAAACUAAACUGGUCAUGUGACUCUUUCUUAUGUUUUCAUAUUUUUGAAUUUAACUGCUAUUUAGGUUGGAGAAAAAAAUUUGUGAUUGUGUGCUGCUAGUCAUUUGGUAGUAACAUGUUGGUUCAUUAGCCGAUUUCAACUGGAUUGGGAUUGAGGUGUAGUUUUUAUAUUAACAUGCUGGUUCAUUUAUUGUUUUCAUGAAAUUAGCAUGAUAAUAUAUGCUUGUCAACGAAUAUUACUAGUUUGAGUAGAACAUAUUGUCUGAAUAUAUUUCUCAAAGAGGGUGGAAAUGGAACAAAUAUGAGAUUCACCAUGAAUCUUUUGCUCUGGAA